AUGAAUUUUGGGUCCUUAUAUCGGAGGUUUAUGCAAUCCUUGCAACGGCAUAAGCUUAAAGCCGAGAGCUCGCGAACAUUGGCCUCCAAAGGCCCAACGAGCACUACCAAGUCACAUCUCAGUGUCUCCAGUACCGACACCAAACCUCUCAAAACUUGGCGAUCUUUGAAGACCUUGCUCAGCAGCAAGCCUGUCGAAAAUGGUUUGCCCUUCAAAGCGACCCAAAGACCAUCGUGCUACAUCGUUCUCGUCCAUUUGGUACCAGUUGGAGCAGUUGGCGUGAUCACGUGGUUCAACCUCUACGGUUACUGGAUAGGCAAGGAGCUUUCUGGAACCUACAAUGAGAAUGCACCAAAGUUAUUGGCAUUGCAGUUGACGACGAAAGUCCAUGACUUGCUUAUGUUGGCAUCACUUAGCGAAGCACUGCUUACCCAGCUGCUGAAGAGCUUGGCUAUUGGACAUGAACUGCCGUUCGGGUCCCUCACGGCUGUUCCAAAGUUCAAGGGCCUGUCUUAUCUCUGGUCACGAGAUCUCCGGGCAACGUGUGCUGCCAGAUACCCUCGUCGGUCGCUGCUUGUUCCGCUACUGUUGGUAUGUACCAUGCUUGGGGUUACUCUCAGACCGUCAUCGGCAACAGCGUUGAUCCCAAGGCUUGGUGUCUGGCCUGCUGGAGAGGCUGUUAUGACACUUAAUACCAGCAGCGACUUAUUAUGGCCUUCAAGUCUUCAAGCAAUUCCUUCAGAUCCUUCAAUCUGCAACCAUUCCAGCCUAGGAUGUUUAAAUUCUAUGGUCUGGGAUUCAAUUGCAGCCAACUUGUUCUCAUACUGGGGACACACAACCACAGGUGUAGCCGCGGCGUCCCCUCAGCAUAUAAAUGUACCGGGCAUCUCGUCGCUACGAUCCAUGAACAUCCGAGUCAAAGGCUCUGUAGGGCCCUCAGAACCAAAUUUUACUGUCGCCUCGGUUCAGCACGCUGUUAUCGGGGACAUGGUUAAUCAUUUCCGAUUCUUGACUUUCCCGUCACAAUCUGCCAGGUGUAAGAGAACAUGGAGCCCGGCUCAAUGCUCAUACAAAGACGUGUCCUGGUUUGUGAGCGCUAUGCAACCAGCCGUUUCAACGGCUUGCUGGGAGAAACAACUCAACACGUCCUCGGUUGAAUUUCCUGCUAUCAGAUACGCCCCAACUUCACUAAAGAUGCCGCCCAUCUCUUUCAACGAUGAUUUCGAAGAUGAGACACAACCGCAAUUUCGCUGGGUCCCAUUUGAUAGUUCACCAUCACUACAUGCCUCCAUUGGCGCCGUCAUCAGGCUUGGGACAGCUACAAAUACUCAAGAUUUUGCCUGCACGAUCCAAGCACAAUGGGCGGAAUCAAAUAGUUCGACGAGCUAUACAGGUACCUACUAUAUCAUCGACAGCAUGAUUCCAGCGUUGGAUUCUUUGACGCUCAUCGACCAAGAGUAUAAGAGACAAACAGUCACAAUAGACUCUCAAUGGGCGCAGCAGUCGGUCGAGAGCCUAGCAGGAUCUCAAACAAACACGACAGCAUUUGAAGAGUUUAUGCACCUAGGAGAGGCUACUAAAAACGUGCCUGUGAAGUUGGAGACAGUCUUAUCUGUGCUCUUCGCGGAGAAGAUGGCCCACAUCGGCUCGAGCACCGUACCCCUCUCCAUUUCCAGCAAAGAUCUAUUUCUUAAGAUUCGUGGAGAUUUGAGCCAAAAUGAUAUGGCAGCGGCGGCAAGGACAUCAGCAACGAAUCGAACAGAAUUUCUCCUGAAAACGUCUAUGACAGGCUACAGCUAUGGGCUUUACACCACGUCUGGACUGUCUACGUCCAUGCUGAUCUCCAUUGGUGUAUUGCUUAUAUAUGCGGUUAUCGCCCUGGUGCACCUCGCAUCGUUGUACAUUUCCAAGGACCCAUACAUUGAAUCAUGGCGUGAGGAAAGAGAGUUACUUGUAACGUGUUUACAAUCUAGAUUUCGACCUGCGAUAUUAAAGAUGGACCCCGGUGACGGAGGGGGACAGGGGCAGGGACAGGAGCAGAAAAGGCGAGAUGGAAACGUGCGCAUCUUGAAGGACAUCGUUCUUGUAACGGGCAGGGAGGGACAGCCGGAGCUGUCCUUUCGAAGGAUGGAUUGGCCCGAUGGAGUUUGA